AUGUCGAGUGGAAGCAAAUGGGCUGGCCUCGGCCUAAAUUGGUCCAGCUUUGGCUCGCAGAGCAAGGAUCGCGCGCAAGAGGCGGAGAAACCGCAGCAGGACGCCCCAGACGCGACCGACGCGCACCACCCGAAUGACGCAAACCGCAGCAGUGGCGCUGGUGACUACGACGACAGCAGCAACCGUCGCAAUGACCUCCACGACACAAACGGGCGCGCCAUGGGCGGCUUGGAUGAUGACGACAAUGUUGAGGGCGUCGACAUGAGCAUGGACGACUUUGGCACCCUCGAAGUGUUUGACAGCAACGCGGUCGAAGCGCCCUACUCGUCCCAGGCGAACGCGGUGUCCUUUGCGCGCAACAACCAGGCGCCCCCCGCGCUCAUGUCGGCCGAGGAGCCACCGUCCAGCUCCAAGAAGUCGAAGAAGGACAAGAAGAAGAAGAAGAAGGGAAGCAAGAGCAAGCACAGACCCGAUGAUCCUGACGUGGAGGAGGCGCCUGCGGAGGAAUCGGCCCAUCGCCACGCGAAGCGCGAACCCGUCGAGGUCGGCGAUGGCCCUGCUGCGGUGGAGGCGGAGAUGACGGAGGUUGUCACGGUGCCGCAAACCAAGCGAAAGCGCAGUUCGGUCGACGCCGAUGGCAAGUCGACGAAGAGGCCCAGGUCUCGCGAGCCCCAGACGGCAGAGGACGGCGAGUUCCUGCAGCGCGACAGCGCGUCCGGGCCCGCGCGUGUCGAGGAGGCCGUAGACGAAGAUGUGGAUGUCUCUGACCCCCAGGGCUCUCCCAGUGUCGCACACGUCCGUCGCCACAGCCAGUCUGGCCAGCCCACCGCGACGACGAAUGUCGAAGAGCUUGCCCGCGAGGCACUCACCGAGCAUGACAAUGGACAGGCUGAGGGUGGCGAUGCCGAGAUGGCCGACGCCGACGCCGAGCCCAGGAAGCGCGCGUCGACGCGUAAGAAGGCUAAGCCGACCUUCUACGACGAGCCGCAACAAUUUGCGCAGGAAAUGCCGUCGCCGUCCGCGGCCGAGCUGAAGCCGCGAAAGCGCGCCAAACCGGCCAAGAAGAAGCCAGAAAAGCCCAAGGCUGAGGUUGUGCCGUACGGCGGCGACGACGAGGACGGCGACUUUGACAGGAAACAACAGAAGCCCAGACGCAAUCGCAUGGAGGGGAAGACACAAGGGCGAUUCUCCAAGGAGGAGAUUGACCUCCUUCGCAAGGAGUGGAAGGCAUUUGCCGAGGAGCAUGGCAAGACGGACGACGAAGUCAUUGCUAUGAUGCACUCCCGCGGAGGUGCGCAGGCUGGCGAAAUGCACGCGGAGCUCUGGAACCGGCUGUUUGAAAGGUGCCCAGAUCGUCAUCGGCAAAAGGUCAUCAACACGUGCCGCAAGAACUUCCACAACUUCGUCGCGCGUGGCGCCUGGGAUGAGGCGCAGGAUGACGAGCUUCGUGGUCUUAUUGAGAAGCACGGGAAAGCGUGGUCACACAUUGCCGCGCUCCUCAACCGCCACCCAGAGGAUCUGCGCGACCGCUUCAGGAACUACAUUGUCUGCGGUGACAACCAGAAGAAGGACGUCUGGAGCGAAGCAGAAGAGAUCAGACUGCUCCGAGUCUACCUCGAGGCGCUGAACACCAUCUACGCUGCGCGUCGUCUGACGCCUGGGCGUGAGUACACGAAUGCGCCAGAAGACUCGAUUGAUUGGCAGGAAAUCAGCGCCGCCAUGGACAACACGCGCAGUCGGCUCCAGUGCAUCACCAAGUGGAAGUCCUUCCACAUCUACCUGGGUGAGGAUGAGCAUUUCCCGUCUCUUGCUGAGGACGCGCCCCCAGGGUCGUUCCAGCUCGAGCUGGCCCGUCGCCAGCUGCAGGAGAUGGGCGAGGAACCGCGUCUGCAGAUGAUCAGGGCCAUCCAGCAAAGCGGUGCCUCCAGUGACCUGAAGAUCCCCUGGUCCAAGCUGGUCGAUCGCCCUUGGCGCCUACAGUGGCAUCGCCGCGCCCAGGUGCUGCUGUGGCACCGCCUGAAGAAAACAGUGCCCGACCUUGGCAAGGAGAAGGACAAUCCCCGCGACAUUGCGCAGUGGCUCCUCGACUACCACGAAGCGCACCAUGCGCUGCCCGAGUUCAUCGAGGAGGAAGGAGACGAUGAGGUGGAAAGCAAGCUCCUGCAGACGCACACGACACCGUACGCUGAAGGAGGUGCCAAGGCUAGGGGCAGAAGACCCAGAGUCUCUCACGAGUACAAGAGUGCCGAUAAGGUGUGGGACUCGGACGCGGAGGGCGAAGGACCUGCGGGCAAGGAGGAGCUGCAGAUUGACCCUGCCCUGCAAGAUCUCGACGCCGAACUCGCGCAGCCGACCGAAGAAGACGGGGCUGCGGCGGAUCUGGCCGAGGAGCCGAUGGCGGAGACGCAGGACGGCUUUGAUGUGGAAGAAGUGCUGACCGACGAGAGGAAGACGUCCAGUAAGAAAGUCAAGAAGACGUACGGCAAGCGCAAGGGCGGGUCGUCGUCGGUGAAGAAGUCUAGCGCCAUGCUGUCCCAGGACCCGAUUGAGGACGAUGAGCUUCCUGCGGAGGGAGGGUCCAAGGGGUCUGGGAAGGCGACGGUGGACGAUGCGGCGUCUAGUGAUUUCGAGGAGGGCAUGGAGGAUGUGCCCGCUCGCGGUCCGGUAAUUGAGGAGGUGUAG